AGAGGCCGCUUUCCAUCCGGGUCUCUGUCCGUGCGGUGCAGCAGGUCGGUAGGCGGGAAAUGGCGACUGGCUGAAGGAGCUGGUUCUGUUGCUGCUGCGGGCUAAGCGGGAAAGACACCACACAUUGCGCAGUCGGGACCAUCGCCGGAGCCUGAGGACACUUUCCUGUCGUCACAGUUAGUUUUAUAUGUGGCACCCAUAAAAGAUGAGGCUGAGAACACGGAAAGCUUCUCAGCAAUCAAAUCAAAUCCAAACACAACGCACUGCUAGAGCAAAGAGGAAAUAUUCAGAGGUUGAUGAUAGCCUGCCUUCAGGGGGAGAAAAACCACCGAAAAAUGAAACUGGCUUGUUGUCUUCAAUUAAAAAAUUCAUUAAAGGAAGCACACCCAAGGAAGAGAGAGAAAAUCCUUCAAAACGGAGUAGGAUUGAACGUGAUAUAGAUAAUAAUUUGAUCACAUCAACACCAAGAGCAGGAGAAAAGCCUAACAAACAGAUAUCUCGAGUAAGACGGAAAAGUCAAGUAAAUGGAGAAGCUGGUAGUUAUGAAGUGACAAAUCAACAUGUAAAACAAAAUGGAAAAUUAGAAGAUAAUCCUUCCUCUGGCAGUCCUCCAAGGACUACAUUGUUGGGGACCAUAUUUUCUCCUGUCUUCAACUUUUUUUCACCAGCAAAUAAAAAUGGAACAUCAGGAUCUGAUUCCCCAGGACAGGCUGUGGAAGCUGAAGAGAUAGUAAAACAACUUGAUAUGGAACAGGUGGAUGAGAUCACUACCAGUACUACGACAUCAACUAAUGGAGCAGCUUACUCAAAUCAAGCAGUUCAAGUGAGACCAUCGAUAAAUAAUGGUUUAGAAGAAGCAGAAGAAACAGUUAAUCGUGAUAUCCCACCCCUUACAGCACCAGUAACUCCAGAUAGUGGUUAUUCGUCAGCUCAUGCAGAGGCCACCUAUGAAGAAGACUGGGAAGUAUUUGACCCGUAUUAUUUCAUCAAACAUGUUCCACCACUGACAGAAGAACAACUAAAUAGGAAACCUGCUCUUCCAUUGAAAACAAGAAGCACACCAGAAUUCUCCCUAGUUUUAGACCUGGAUGAAACACUAGUACACUGUAGUCUAAAUGAGCUAGAAGAUGCAGCACUUACUUUUCCAGUCCUUUUCCAAGAUGUCAUUUAUCAGGUUUACGUGAGAUUAAGACCAUUCUUCAGGGAAUUCCUGGAGCGAAUGUCUCAGAUGUAUGAGAUCAUUCUUUUUACUGCUUCUAAGAAGGUGUAUGCAGACAAGUUACUGAACAUACUAGACCCUAAAAAGCAACUGGUCAGGCAUCGGCUUUUCCGUGAACAUUGUGUUUGUGUACAAGGAAAUUAUAUAAAGGACUUAAAUAUCCUUGGAAGAGAUCUUUCAAAGACUAUAAUAAUUGACAACUCACCACAAGCCUUUGCAUAUCAGCUAUCUAAUGGAAUCCCUAUAGAAAGCUGGUUUAUGGAUAAAAAUGACAAUGAACUCCUAAAAUUGAUUCCAUUUCUGGAGAAGCUUGUAGAACUGAAUGAAGAUGUUCGACCUCACAUCAGAGACAGAUUUCGCUUGCAUGAUUUGCUGCCCCCAGAUUAAGUACAAAGACUUGUCAAAUCACUGAAGGGGGAGAGAAUGCAGGACCCUUUUGGACUAAGACAAAAACAUUGCCAUUACUGUUGAAAUUUUGCAUUUUUGUACCCCGUCUUGCUUUUCUUAUCUUUGGUGCCCAAUAAUAAUCAAGGGUUACAGAAAGAGACUUUAUCUCAGAUUGAAUACAUACAGUAGGUAGGCUAAAACAGAAGAGUCUUUAGAACUAGUGCAACUCCGGUGAAAUUUUUUUAUGUACAGGACAUCUGCAGUUUAUAAAGAAUUCUGUUUCUGCCACCAGCAGUUUGACCUGUAGUCACACAGGAUUUUAUGAUAAUAACAGAGAUGAAAAUGGACUUUUAUUUUCUCUCUGUUUGGUGCUCUAAGUGGGUUUGUAGCCACUUUUCUGUUACUUUAAGAUUCUCAUUUCAACAGGAAUGGCCAGUAAAAGUUGUUUUAUUUUUCCUGUUAAGGUUUAUAACCUUUUUACAUUUUUGACCUGUAUUAGAUUAGAUUUUCAUUAUGCAUUCCUUUUAGUUGAGGCGCUUCCUAGUUUUCUGGAAAUAGUCAGUUUUUAGUUUUUUAUUAUACAUUUGAAUGGCCGUUUUCCUGCUUUGUCUGCCUGCAUAUUGUAUAUUUGUUUAAAAAUAUUCUCUACUUUUAGUCCAUGUAAGUUUCAUUUAGAAAGACAUGCAUUUAUAUUUUGUUUCUGUAAUAUUCUGUAGGUGAAAUCUUUUAAAAAAAAUCAAAGGACUGGGUAGAUAAGAAUAUAUGAAUGACUAAUAUUCAAAAGAUUUAAACCAUUGUGAUGGCAUGUGUUCCCCAAAUGGUAAUAUCUUGCAAUGGCACACGGAUUUAACGGAUAAAGGUAUACCUCAGACUUCACUGUGCUCACCAAUCUUUGAGGAGAAUGAGUUUGGUCACCUGUUGGGCUUGAUUUGGUUACUGCUGCCUUUGGUUUUCUCCAGGAAUGAAGUAUUCAGCACAGUGACUCAGUAUUUUUAGUUAUUUUGCAUGGGCUGGUAGUACCUCUGUUAUGCUCUUGGUUACAAUCAAUUUAAAACUCUGUGUAACAGUCUUGGUACCUUACAGUAGCUAUGCAUAAUCCUGUGGCACAGUAAACUCCCAAGCCACCAAUGCAGUUAAUAUGCUCUCAUAGUGGUUUUCUAUGCUAUAUGAAAAUAGUCUUCAAGCCUUGGUUCUCUAAUGCAGCUACCACAAGAGGUUGAUAUUUUUAUAGUGGCGUGUAAUCUCCUUUUCGGGAGGCUUUUUAUGGAAGGUAGAAUUUGUAAAAGUUAGUAUGCUUUGCCUCUCGACUGCAUUAACAUGCCACAGGCUCAGACUGUUUUUGUGUAAAGGAUGUCAAAGAACGGCACUUUUUCUAAAGAGAAGUUUGAUAUUUUGUAUGCUUGUUAAGAAAGUACAGUAUUGGAAAUUAAAGGUGGACAACUGAUAAUUGAGGAGUAUGUCACUUAAUUUUUUAUGUAUAUUACCUGUUUACUUGUACAACUUAUUGUACAAAUUACAUGCAGCUUCAUUUUCAAAUGAAUCCUUAAAAUAAGGAAAUCUUUUUAGGAAAACAUUUAAUUUUUGUAUUUUUGAUUUUAAAGGCAUGAGUUAUGUCAAUUUUCAGUGUAUUAAUGAAGAUUUUAACUUUUCAUCAGGUUGAGUGUUUUCUUACUAUAUUAUCUGUUGUGUAUGUAGUUAGCAUAUUGUGUCACUGAACUGUUUAAAAAAUCUAGCAUGUAGAGCAAGCCUGUUUUGUGGAAAAUCCUUAUUCAUUAAAAAAAAAUAAUCAUGGCAGAUUUUCUGCAAAAAAAAAAAAAAAAGCAAACGCAUUUGCAAUUCAGAAUACUGGUUUAUUUUUUUUUUUUUAAUUUGUUUUGGUUUGUUUUUGUUUUAAUUUAAAGAAAGGUAUUUUGCUUGCAGGAAAAAUACUCCAGAUUCAUUUUAAUGAGAAUCUUUGAAAUGUAUUUAUCUUUAGGGCAUCUGGGCAUCUUUAUGCUGUUUGUCUUCUGUCUUUCUUGAAAUAAAAUGUACAUACGUUACCUUUACAUACGCUCUUGCUCAAAAUUGUGAACCUAGUUACAUUUCUCCUUGCUCCCCUUUUUAUGCUCAAACAGUAAAACCCUAAACCUAUACAAGAAGAUCUAAGCUUUCAGCGUGCAUUAUAAUUGCUGAAAGCUUUUCUGAUUAAGCAAACACAGUCUCAAAGGGCUUUCCCAUGAUUUAAAGGGAAAUGUAAGCACCUGUACUGUUGUGCCUCUGGGCACUUUAAAUAAACACCAACUUUUAGUCCUCUUUUAUUAAUGGUAAACUGUUUUCAGUCCCAUGCUAGGAGAGUUCUUUAAGUCAACUGACAAAGGAAUCUAGCAUAACAAGAUUCUGUAAAGGAAUAAAGGGAAAUUUUAUAUGACCUGAGAAAAUUUUUCGAGACCAAUUUAUUUUUCUUCAUUACUUAAUUUGGGUCAUUUUAAAUUUGUUAAUAUAAAAUUUAAAAUAAUUUAUAAAGAGACAAUUAUCCAGCUUCCUUCUACUUUAACAUGUUUUAUCCUCUCAUUACCCCUAAUUUUCUUUUAUCUUUUGGUAAAUGUUAUCUUAAACACACUUCCAUUUAGUUAAGCGGAGGUGUUUAUUUUGUGAAUUGAGAUGUGCCCAGCUCCUUCAAUUCACACAGGAAACAUGAACUCUUAAAAACUGACUGUAGGAAAUGCAGGAGAGUUGCAUACCUGAUAAGACACAGCAAAAGUGACCUAUAUACACAUUAACAUAUCUGAAGUACAUAUUAUAAUUGUGAUAUUUCCAGUGAUAAAUGUCUGGCUUUUAAGACAUUCUUUUAAAUAUUUGUAUUAUUGUUAGGAUGUUUAAAUCAGUUGUGUUUUUUAAUUCUGUGUAAUAUAUGUAGCCCUAAUCAGAUUUAUAUCACCAUAUUUCUUCUUGAGUCUUAAAGAGUUGAUAACAAUUUGAAACCAUAAUUGUUUUAUAUUAGCUAGUAUGUAUAUUUAUUUACCCGAUGGCUUUAUCUUGUUUCCCAAAAUUGGGGGGGAGGGAGCUGUUGAAAGCAUUGUAACUUCUAUAAAUGGCUAUUUUCUUGUACCUGUCAGUGAAAAUGGAUGUGUACAUUGUUUUUUUUUAUAUUUCUCUGGUUUUUCUGGUUUGUUUGGUUGUUGUUGUUGUUGGCUUUUUUUGUUUGUUUGUUUUUUUAAGUGUUAAACAUAGAAUGGUUUAAAAAAGUUAUCUUUGGCCAAUGACUUUUUCAGCUAGAUAAUUACUUUUAUUCAGCCUUCUAAAGAAGUUUGUUUUCAUUGUUUUGUUCAGUCAACUUGCCUGAAAAAGAGAGACUUCAUCUCAUCAAUGAAGAAAGCAUGUCAUUAUUCCUACAAAUCUUUACAGCGAGCACAGAAUUCUUCAUAAGGAUCAGAUCUCUUCCACAUCUUGUGUCAGUCACAUAAAGCUGAAAUGUAAAGGACACUGAAGCCUUCAUUUAAUUGUACUAACACGAUGGUGUUAUAUACCACAUCAUUAGCUAGUUAAGGUUUUCUGAACUGACUUCUCUUUGUCUUCCUAGGUAUUUAUUUGUUAUCUCUUUUAAUCUUGUGUAUCUAAAUUAACUUAGUUAAUAGUUACCCACUGAAUAACUAUGCCAAGCAACUAGGAAAGAAUGUUUAUUUUAUUUCCCCUUAUAGGGGAAGAGUGGACUGGGAACAAAAAUGUAUGGGCCAAAAGGCCUUAGGUUGUCAUUCAUUCACUUUCUUAUUCCUCUCAUGAGCUAUAUUUGAGUAUAGUAUUUUUUCAGUGCUGAUAUGCUUGAUUAUGUCAUUACUUCUCAUAUCUUCCCAAGUUGAAAGCCUGCUAGGAACCUAUAUAAAACACAUUUAAAAUUUUCAGAAUAAGAACCGCAAAACUCAGUAUCUUAUAUUCAAAUGCCACUUAAAUUAUUAUGGGAAUCCAAGUCUCACUCACUAGGAUACAUUUUUAUAAAAUGUUUCUCUGUAUCUUGAAUUGAAAUUACUUGCUCAGAGGCAAGAGUUCUGGGGGUAUAAUGUGUUUUGAGAAAUUUUUAGAAAGGGGAGAAGAGAGCAGCAAGUUUAUACUUAGUUACUUUAUGGUUUUGAUAUUAGUAUUUUAAAAUACAUCAGUGUUUCCCAAACCUGACCAUUAGAAUAGUUGUGAAGAGCUUAAGAAAUACAGAUUCCAAAAGCCUAACCCCCUGCAAAACUGUCUGGAUGGAUCUAGAGUGGGGCCUGAGAGUGGUGUGUGUGUGUGUGUGUGUGUGUGUGUUUUAAAGACCUCCAGGUGAUUCUAAUAGCCAGCUUUGGGAAAUCACUGUUUUAAAUAAUGUGAUGGUGUUUGAGAGUAGGCAACUAAAAUAAAGUUUACCAGACAUCUCUGGUAGUUUUUUUUUAAACUGGGACCAGAUUUCACAGAACUUACUCAAGAUACAUGGAGGAAUAAUAAAGAAGAUUGAGGCUACUGCUCAUUAUCAUUCUUAUCUCCUACUUUUUAAGAGUUUGCAUUUCUAGCACUUGGAAUAGUUGAUCAUAUAUACAGCUGAAGGACAUCCCUGAAUGAGACCAUUAUAUAUAUUAAUUGUAAAAUAUUUCACUAUUUUUUUAUUUUAUAAAUCUUUGUAGAAAUAAGCAAUUAAAUACUACUUUCAUCUUUUGAAAUGGGAUUUUUCAAGGCAUUGUCCUUUUGGCAUUAAGGUAGGGGGGAGUUAAUAUUCUCUCUGCCUUUUUCCAUGUGAAUCAAUAUAAAAGUCAUGGAUAUUUAAAAAUCUCAGUUUAAUUUCUACAUAUUUACUAUGCAGUAUAGCCGUGAACAAGUAAUGUAGACUUAGUUUUCUCAUCUUCAAAUGCCCUGAUCACCCUACCUCACAGGGUUGUUGUGGGGAUAAAUAAAACUUUUAUGGAAGCA